CUGCCAUCUUCGAACUUCUCUGAGCGCACGCUGCUUCCGUUUCCCUCUUUGUGUCGGUGACUCUCUCCCCAUCCAGCUGAGGACACCGCGACACACCGCAACAUUGACCACCACCUCAACCACGCCUCUCCAGCCGCUGCUCCUCACUCCCAUUACGACAUUUUUCUUCUCAAGGCAUACAUAGACUCUUUGAAUUAUGGCGCGAAUCGUCCAUGGGCGGCAAUACGAGUCGAGCAACAGCACUACCGCCUCCGGUCGAAGCGGCAGCACCACUGCCUCUGGCCGAAGCGAUAGAAAUCGUUCCUAUGAUACCGCUCCCACUGAAUACAGCUCUGCUCCUACGCAUUCGGACAUCCCCAAGACAUGCUACGCACGCGUCGAAACCCGUGGUGAGGAUUACUUCGCACCUUAUGACGACGCCCGGCGGAACGUACUCCCUGCAGCCCGUGCCUCCUUUGAUACCUACGCAUCCACCUCCGAGGAAGACCUCGAUGACGACGCUGACUUCGACGAUGUCCCAGAAUACCAGGUGCCGCAGUACCACCAGGAGCCGCUUCCCGUAGAUGCCAUCCCUACUACACCUCGAGACUUCGCAGACCUCUUCCCGACUUCCAAGCGCAUCUCCAUCCGCCACGACGAUUCCACCAUCGACGGAAACAUGAAUCUGCGCGUCGACACUCAAGUCGAGGAGCGCCAUCGCAAGAAGCAGAAUUACACCCUUUUUCAUCUGCGUAUGCAUGAUCUGCGCUCUCGCGAGUUCUCCCUUCGCCGAUACUGCAGGGACUCUGGCCGCGAAGUCUGCCAUUCGAGGCGUAAAUACCAAAAGCCACCCUCUGAGAAGCGACCAGUAUUGCAACGGGCGAGCACUGCGCUUGCAAGCCUCGUGUACAAGCCUGACUCCCGCCCCACGACCGCCAACGGCCUGAGGCGUUCGGAUUCGGGCUACGAGUCUGUUGCAGGCGUGAAUGACGAGAAUGAGUCACGUCCCAAGUCUGCAGGCUCCAAAGGUCGUGCCUUGAUCCCGACCAACACCAUCAAGCUGGAGUUCUCCAACUACGCCCAUAUUGACAUCAAGCGUCGGGGGGCCAAGUCGUCCAAACGCUACGAGUUCGAGUACUGGGGGAACCACUAUUCGUGGAAACGCAUCGUACAGAAGGAACAGGAUCAUGAAAGCGUGACCUACUACCUGGUCCGUGCAGACAACGAGAAACACGCCCUUGCACACAUUUGUCCCGUCCGACUCACCCCAGAUCAGGCGCACGAGGAGGCUGCCCGUGGUGGCUGGAUUCCUCCAUGCUACAUGCGCAUUACGGACGAAGACAUGCUAAACUCUUCGUCUGAUAUUUCCGACGUUGUUGUUGCAACCGGUCUUAUUGCCCUCGUUGAUGACUGCAUCAAGCGACGCUUCCACUCAAAAACCAGCACUCAGCUGCACAUCCCACUGAUGCGUAACACCUCGUUCAAAUACGUUGGUCCCAAGCGUCUGAUCGAUGAGGUGUUUCACCGAAACACCCGCAACGGGCCUCCAACGAGGCGUCCCACAGCGUAACGCCCAACGUCAUCCGACCCCUCGAGUUCCAACUAGUUAGAGGGAAGGUUGACCACUGGUCACUAUCCACUGCCCCCAGUGGGUACCCGCAUUCCCUUCCAGUAUAUUACUUUGUGCAUAGUGCCUUUAGGCCCUCCGUCUUGAACUUGAGAACUGGAUCCGUGCGUGUCAUUAGCGAGUGCUGGUUU